CUGUUGUUAUUUUCAGGCCGGCACAGAAAAGUACUCCCACAAGCAUUUCACUCCAAGUGGCUCUUCUCUAGUUUGUCUGGCGGCCUGGAAUCAGGCGGUUCGCCUGUAGACAGCAGGAGCCGAUAUUAGUCCUAAAUCAAAGCAGAUAAAGCUGGCGUAGAGCUGUGUCGAGAGUUUUUGAAAUGGAAACCAAGUAUUUCAAGACGCAGAUGAAUAGGCGGUCUGAUGUUGAAAUCACGGCGCACUGCGCCAAGACGAGAGACUGGGUGUUAACAAAAUCAGCGUUACUUCAGUCGAGGACUGUUCAAUGGUCCGCAGCCAAGAUCAACCUGAACAUCUUCUCGCUGAAGGACACUGGUGCAACGGAUGAGGCUGAAAACACGGUUACAAGUGUGAAGCUGUUUGGUAAGAAUCAUUGGUUCCUUCGCUUGCAAGAUGAUGGCAACGUCACAGGAACUCGUGAACAAGGCAACGUUGAAGUCAACCUGCAGUUACAGCCGAUCGGGAAAGGAUUAGUUCACAUUUAUGGUCCCGAAGUGAAGCGGUAUCUCGCAAUGGACAGCAAUGGGCGGCUGUUUUCCACGAAAAACAAGACAGACAGCACAAUUUUCAAGCACGUGACCGGGGUCAAUGGCUUCCAUACAUUUUCCUCGCAUAAAUACUACAGGGACACGCCCCACGACAUGUAUAUAGCGCUCAAGAAGGACGGACUGCCGAGGAAAGGAAACAAAACAUGUCGGCUUCACAAGGGAUCUCAGUUUUUGAUCAUUUAACAAUCAACUAGUUCUCCAUACUGGUUACCAUGAAUUUAACCAGACAUUGAAGGCAUUAUUUAUCAGAGAAAACUAAUAUUUAUUGUUAUUGCAUGUAGCAAUGUUAUACAUGAAUGAAAGUAAUAGUUGUGGAAAGGAUUGCGGUUUAAAAACGCAGACUUGUGUUUGAAAACAAAUAAACAAAAUAACUGAAAAUGGUUAAAUGGAAAAAAUAUAUAUAUAUUAGGGAAGAUUAUUUAUUAUCUACUGUCCAAACUAGGGUAUAUGAUUUUAAAAACUGUUGUAGCCAUCUUGAUUUAUCUUUAGAAAUAAAUUAUUUCCUUGAGCUUGA